UGCCUCGCGUGGGUCUGCGGGGCCCGGGGCCCGCCGGAGCGGUUCUGCCCCGCUGUGCUGGGCCCGAACGCGUCGCGCCUGGAGCGGAGCUGUGAUAGGGAGCGGACGGCUGCCGGCGUCGGCGAGUGGGGCCUGAGCUCGGGGAGCCUGCUGGAUUCUUUUCCAAUUGAUCCAAUCCAAGAAAAUUAUGUCCGUAAUGUGAGAAACUGCAUUUUUUCAAUUGUCUAUCCCACACCUUUUAAAUCCAGAGUUCUUCUUGUGGCUGUUUCAGAGGAAGUUAUUGAAGAUAUUUUGGAUCUUCAUAUAUCUGUCAAAGAAACAUCUGAUUUUUUUCAGUUUGUCAGCGGUGAGAAAGUGUUACCUGGGUCUGUUCCAUUGGCCCAUAGAUACGGAGGUCAUCAGUUUGGCAGCUGGGCAGGUCAGCUGGGGGACGGAAGAGCCCACUUGGUCGGAGUGUACACAAACAGGCGUGGUGAGAGGUGGGAACUACAGUUGAAGCGCUCAGGAAAGACCCCAUACUCCCAGAAUGGUGAUGGAAGAGCUGUGCUUCGCUCUUCUGUGCGGGAAUUUCUGUGUAGUGAGGCUAUGCAUUAUCUUGGAAUUCCAACAAGCAGAGCUGCUAGCUUAGUUGUCAGUGACGACGAUGUGUGGAGAGACCAGUUUUACAAUGGAAAUAUUAAGAAAGAGAGAGGUGCAGUAGUACUCCGUCUUGCCAAAUCGUGGUUUCGUAUAGGAUCCUUAGAAAUCUUGGCUCAUUCUGGGGAACUGGACUUACUAAGGAGAUUGCUGGACUUUAUCAUCCAGGAACAUUUUCCAUCAAUAGUCCCCAACAAUUCAGAUAGGUAUCUGGAAUUUUUCUCUACAGUCGUAUCAGAGACAGCAAAUUUGAUUGCAUUGUGGAUGUCUGUGGGUUUUGCACAUGGUGUGUGCAAUACAGAUAACUUCAGUUUGUUAUCCAUAACAAUAGAUUAUGGUCCGUUUGGAUUUAUGGACUCCUAUGACCCAAAUUUUGUUCCAAACACGUCUGAUGAUGAAGGGAGGUAUAAGAUAGGAAACCAGGCAAACGUUGGGCUGUUUAAUCUGAACAAGCUGUUACAAGCACUGAAACCUUUAUUGGAUCCCAGGCAAAAACAGCUAGCAUCCCAGAUUUUGGAAGAGUAUGGUCAAACCUAUUAUGUCCGUUUUACAGAAUUGUUCAAAAGAAAACUGGGGCUUCUUGGAGAUAGUGAGGAUGAUAACUAUUUGAUUGCUUUUCUUCUAAAACUCAUGGAAGACACAAAGGCUGAUUUCACAAUGACAUUUCGACAGCUCAGUGAAAUUACUGCAGACCAAUUAAAGGAGCUCCAUAUUCCUGAGGAGUUCUGGGCCCUGCAGGAUCUGGGAAAACACGGGUUAUUUUCAGAAUGGGUUGCUAUGUACCUCUCACGGUUAGAUGGGUAAGUCUGAAGAAGUUUCAAGCUUAAAAGUAAAUCCAGCUGUGCGUUUGCCAGAAGAUGGCAACUUUAGUCUACAGUGAUUUAUGUGAUCUUUAGUGGACUGGUAAACUGUAAUG